GAUUCUGUAAACGUUGAAGUUCUUGUUUCUUCAUCUUCUUCUUCUUCUUCGUUUGCUCUCUCAGAAUCGAAGCAGCCAAAAAUGGUUCCAGUAAGCGUUUUUCUUCUUCUGUUGCUGAGUUUCGUCGUCGUCGUGUGUGCUCAAAGCAAUGGAACUCGAAUUUCCACUGGUAGCUCUCUUGUCGCCGGUAGUUUUUCUGUUCAGGCAUGGCGUUCUCCUUCUGAUGAUUUCGCUUUUGGUUUCCGGAACGUUGAUAAUAAUAACGAUGAUCUUUUUUUGCUUGCUAUCUGGUUUUACAAAGUACCGGAAAACAAUAUCGUUUGGUUCGCCAAAGAAAAAGACAACAAUCCUGUUUUCGCACCAAGAGGAUCGAAGGUUGAGCUUACGGCUACAAGCGGAUUGGUUCUUCGAAACGGAAACGGUGGAGAAAUCUGGAAAUCGGAACCUAUUACGGCUUCUGUUGCGUUUGGUAGUAUGAAGGAUACUGGUAAUUUCGUGCUUGUGGAUUCAAUCAAUGGAUCCAUUUGGGAGAGUUUCUCAUAUCCAACGGACACGUUGCUUCCUACGCAGAAAUUGGAGGUUGAUGGCGUUCUAUCCUCCCGUAAAUCUCAAGGUAAUUUCUCACUUGGAAAGUUUCAGUUCCGUUUGCUUAGAGAUGGAAAUGCUGUUUUGAACACCAUAAAUUUGCGCUCUGGCUUUCCAUAUGAUGCAUAUUAUAUUAGCAACACUCAUGAUUCUGCUAGUUCACAAAAUUCUGGCCGCCAAGUGAUUUUUGAUGAACAAGGAUUUUUGUAUGUGCUGAAAAGAAAUGGAGAACAAUCUAACAUUACACAGCCUAGUGUUGGUAACCCUGUAGAGGCUUAUUAUUACAAAACCACCAUGAAUUUUGAUGGAGUUUUGAGUGUAAGUUCUUAUCCAAAGGGCAUAGAUGGAGAUGCCAAUGGAAGCUGGAAAGAUUUGUUUAGAAUACCUGAUAAUAUAUGCAUGGCUAUGAGGGGAGAGUUGAGCUCUGGAAUCUGUGGAUAUAAUAGUAUAUGCACAUUAAAUGAUGAUCAAAGGCCAAGAUGCAAGUGCCCAACUGGUUAUUCUUUUAUGGACCUGAAUGAUACCUACAGCAACUGUGUCGCAAAUAUCCCACAAAUAUGUGAAGAAGGUGCACAAAAUUCUACUGAUGAUCUAUAUAGUUUACAAGAACUUCCCAAUACUGAUUGGCCAAUGCUUGAUUAUGAGAGGUACAAUCCUUUUAAUGCUGAAGAGUGCAAGAAAGCUUGCUUGCUUGACUGCCUCUGUGUGGUGGCUGUGUAUAGAGACAAUACCUGUUGGAAGAAGAAGCUACCACUAUCAAAUGGGAGGGAAGAUAGCAAGGAAAUAUCUGUUUCUUUUCUAAAAUUAAGAAGAAAUACUAGUUCCACUGGGAAACCCCAAGAUGGGUUUCCAAUACCUGAAGGAAAGAAGAAUCAGCAAACAUUAAUUGUUGUGAUUUCUGUGCUGCUAGGUUGCUCUCUGUUUGUCAUUCUCAUCCUGGCUAGUAUGAUAUGUUGGGGUUUCAUCUCCUGCAAUAAAAAGAAGCUUGCAGCAGGUGAUAUUCAACCAAGUGAAAGCUUUGAAAGUAACAAUCUAUGUCAGUUUACAUAUAAAGAACUUAGAGAAGCUACAAAUGGAUUCAAGGAAGAACUAGGAAGAGGAUCUUGUGGCAUUGUUUACAAAGGGAGGAUUAAAACUGGUGUUGUUGCUGUGAAGCAAUUGGACAGAGUGUUUGAAGAUAGUGAGAAAGAAUUCAGGACAGAAGUGAAUGUGAUUGGGCAAACACACCACAAGAAUCUCGUUCGACUACUCGGAUAUUGCAACGAGGGGAGAUACCGCAUUCUAGUUUAUGAAUUCAUGAGCAAUGGGACUCUAGCAGACCUCCUUUUUGGUGAUAGGAAGCCAAGUUGGAACCUCAGAACCCAAAUAGCCUAUGGAAUUGCCAGAGGACUAAUGUACCUGCACGAGGAAUGCGACAAGCAAAUCAUCCAUUGUGAUAUAAAGCCUCAAAAUGUACUUCUUGAUGAACACUACAAUGCCAAGAUUGCUGAUUUUGGGCUGGCAAAGCUAUUGAAAAUGGAUCAAAGCAGAACAGAAACAGGGAUUAGAGGGACUAAAGGGUAUGUUGCUCCAGAUUGGUUCAGGUCAGCUCAAGUGACAGCCAAGGUUGAUGUGUAUAGUUUUGGUGUGCAACUGCUGGAAAUCAUAUGUUGCAGAAGGAACGGAGAUAUGAAUGAUUUUGAAGGAGGACAAGAACUAUUAGUUGAUUGGGCCUAUGACUGUUUCCAACAAGGAAGAUUAGAUGUUCUAGUUGAGGAAGAUUUGGAAGCCAUGGACGACAUGAGGAGGUUGGAAACGUUUGUGAUGGUUGCAAUCUGGUGCCUACAAGAGGAUCCAUCACAAAGACCAACAAUGAAAAGGGUAACGUGGAUGCUUGAAGGCAUAGCUCCUGUUUCUGUUCCUCCAAAUCCCAACCCAUUUACCUCCAAUUGCUAAGUUUCUUCUAUCCAAUUUGAGCAAUUUUCAUAGGAAGGGGUGGGCUUGAUAUAUCCUACUUUGAGAUAGAAAUAAAAUGAAUGAUCCAAUUCUCAAAAAUAGAAAGACCAACGGUGAAAGUAGAGAGAUCAAGUAGUAGUCAAACCAUAAAUAAACAAGUCAUAAUUCUCAAAGAACAGAUUCAGAGAAGUAAGUCAUCACUAGAAUGCUUUUUAUGCAGAUCCUUGAAUGUUUUCAAUGAUUUCUGUUCUAAACAAUAAAAAUCAGCAAUUUGCGAAC